GUGAAGGCUAUAUUGGAAAUGCAGUUAGGUACCAUGUAUGUAGUCGUUAUAAGGUAUAGGCCUAAAUAGGCAGUCAUUGUACAUAAGAAUUUGUUCUUAACUGACUUGCCUAGUUAAAUAAAAAUAGUUAUUGCCUAAGUAAGUAGUCAAAAUAAGCUAGUUAUUCAAAUGAGUUUGUCAGUCAUUCACUGAUGUAUGUUUUUUUGUAUGUAUGUUAUUAUAUGUUAUGUUUUGGUAGUCUGAAUAAACAUGUUUUUUUUGUUAGGUAACCUAUACGUUGGUGUGGCUUGACAGUGCAGACCUUAUGUGCAUUGACUGCAGCUGCCGUCACAUUUUUGGGGCAGCACUCUUGAAUACAAUGACUGAGUUAACAGCACUGGCUUGAAUGGGUGGUAGGCCUAGGUCUACUUUAGGAAGGGUUUUAGGGUCAGAAAAGUUGUAGCUUAGCCUACAUUAAGAGGUUAACUUCUCUGGGAUAUGUGGGACGUCGCCAACAGCCAGUGAAAUUGCAGGUCACCAAAUUCAAAACAACAGAAAUCCCGUAAUUAAAGUUCCUCAAACAUACAAGUAUUAAACACCAUUUAAACAAACUUCUUGUAAAUCCAGCCACAAUGUCCGAUUUCAAAUGGGCUUUACGGCGAAAGCACAUCAAACGAUUAUGUUAGGUUAGCACCUAGUCACAGAAAACCAUACAGCCAUUUUCCAGCCAAGGAGAGGGCUCACAAAAGUCAGAAAUAGCGAUCUUCAUCAGAUGGCACUCACAGGACUUCAUGUUACACAAUACAUGUGUGUUUUGUUCGAUAAAGGGAAUCUUUAUGUCCAAAAACUUAAUUUGAAAUUGGUGUGUUAAGUUCAAAAAUGUAUUGUCUCAAACAAACAUCCAGUGACGGUGCAGAGAGCCACAUCAAAUGACUGAAAUACUCAUAAUAAACAUUGAUAAAAGAUACAAGUGUUAUGCAUGGAAUUAUAGAUUAACCUCUCCUUAAUGCAACCACUGUGUCAGAUUUCAAAAAGGCUUUACGGCGAAAGCACACCUUGCGAUUAUGUUAGGUUAGCACUUAACCACAGAAAAACAUAGACAUUUUCCAAAGAAGGAGAGGUGUCAAAGUCAGAAAUAGUGUUAGAAAUAUUCACUUAACUUUUUUUUGAUCUUCAUCUGGUGGCACUCCCAGGAAUCCCAGUUCCACAAUAAAUCUUUGUUUUGUUGGAUAAAGUCCAUAAUUUAUGUCCAAAUACCUCCUUUUUGUUAGCGCGUUUAGCCCAGUAAUCCAAAUGCUAAUGCGUGAUCUCUUAGUUCUGCCGAAAAGUUAUAAAAAGUUACAUUAUAGUUUGAAGAAAGAUGUCAAACGAUGUAUAGAAUCAAUCUUUAGCAUGUUUUUAUAAUCUUCAAUAAUGUAUCAACUGGACAAUUCCUUUAGAAAUGAAAAGGAACUUCUCACGGCCUCGCGCAUGAUUUGGCUCAUGGCAAUCUGCCAGACAUCUGACUGAAACAGCUCUCAUUCGCUCCCCCUUCAUAGUAGAAGCCUGAAACAAGGUUCUAAAGACUGUUGACACCUAGUGGAAGCCUUAGGAAGUGCAAUAUGACCCCAUAGACACUGUAUAUUCGAUAGACAAUCACUUCAAAAACGACAACUCAGAUUUCCCACUUCCUGGUUGGAUUUUUUGUCAGGUUUUUGCCUGCCAUAUGAGUUCUGUUAUACUCAGACAUCAUUCAAACAGUUUUAGAAACUUCAGAGUGUUUUAUAUCCAAAUCUACUAUGCAUAUUCUAUAUAUGCAUAUUCUAGCUUUUGGGCCUGUGUAGCAGGCAGUUUACUCUGGGCACCUUUUUAUCCAAGCUACUCAAUACUACUCAAUACCAAGCUACUUUAACUUCCCAAAGAAGUUAAAGGAUAUCAGUCACUGGUUUUUGUAGGCUGUCUUUACUUUGAUUUCUCCAAGGCUACAGCACCCAAAGGCACCUCUUUAUAUUCCUGUUUAGAGUUAAGCAUGCCAGAUUUCACUUGGAAUUGACUUUCAUGUGUUUGUUUGUACUAGAGGUCGACCGAUUAUGAUUUUUCAAUGCCGAUACCGAUUAUUGGAGGAUCAAAAAAACCGAUACCGAUUAAUCGGACGAUUUAAAAAUAUAAUAAAAAUAAUAUAUAUGUGUUUGUAAUAAUGACAAUUACAACAAUACUGAAUUAACACUUAUUUUAACUUAAUAUAAUACAUCAAUAAAAUCAAUUUAGCCUCAAGUAGAUAAUGAAACAUGUUCAAUUUGGUUUAAAUAAUGCAAAAACAAAGUGUUGGAGAAGAAUGUAAAAGUGCAAUAUGUGCUAUGUAAGAAAGCUAACGUUUCAGUUCCUUGCUCAGAACAUGAGAUCAUAUGAAAGUUGGUGGUUCCUUUUAACAUGAGUCUUCAAUAUUCCCAGGUAAGAAGUUUUAGGUUGUAAUUAUUAUAGGACUAUUUCCCUCUAUACCAUUUGUAUUUCAUUAACCUUUGACUAUUGGAUGUUCUUAUAGGCACUUUAGUAUUGCCAGUGUAACAGUAUAGCUUCCGUCCCUCUCCUCGCUCCUCCCUGGGUUUGAACCAGCAACACAACGACAACAGCCACCACAUCGAAGCGUCCCAUGCAGAGCAAGGGAAACAACCACCCCAAGGCUCAGAGCGAGUGAAGUUUGAAAUGCUAUUAGUGCAAGCUAACUAGCCAGCCAUUUCACUUCGGUCACUCCAGCCUCAACUCGGGAGUUGAUAGGUUUGAAUUCAUAAACAGCGCAAUGCUUGACGCACAACGAAGAGCUGCUGGCAAAUCGCACGAAAGUGCUGUUUGAAUGAAUGUUUACGCGCCUGCUUCUGCCUACCACCGCUCAGUCAGAUACUUAGAUACUUGUAUGCUUAUAUGCUCAGUCAGAUUAUAUGCAACACAGGACAUGCUAGAUAAUAUCUAGUAAUAUCAUCAACCAUGUGUAGUUAACUAGUGAUUUAUGAUUGAUUGUUUUUAUAAGAUAAGUUUAAUGCUAGCUAGCAACUUACCUUGGCUUAUUGCAUUUGCGUAACAGGCAAUCUCCUUGUGGAGUGCAACGAGAGAGAGGCAGGUCGUUAUUGCGUUGGACUAGUUAACUGUAAGGCUGCAAGAUUGGAUCCCCCCCGAGCUGACAAGGCCCUCACUCGGGUCAAGCUCAACUUCCUGGAUCAGAUUGCCAAAUUCUGGGAACUGCAGGGGUCCAGGCUGCGCUUCCCUCAUGUGGAGAGGAAGAUCCUCGAUUUGUACCAGCUCAGCAAAAUUGUCUCCUCCGAGGGAGGCUUUGAUACCGUGUGUAAGGAGAAGAGAUGGUCCAAGGUGGGCAGCAGGAUGGGUUUCCCCCCAGGGAAGGGUAUGGGCUCUCUGCUGCGGUCCCACUUCGAGAGGAUCCUCUACCCCUAUGAGCUCUUCCAGUCUGGAGCCACGCUCACUGGUAUCCACCAUCUGUACGAGGAGGGAGAUGACGAAGAGGUGCAGGACGAGGGCAUGGGGGAAGAGGAAGAGGAGGAUGAAGAGGACCGAGAGAGGGACAGCCUGAGUGACGGGACUCAGAACAAGGACUGCCUGCUCCCUGAGCGACGCUCCCGCCGCCUGAAGUCCGAGGUCGGUGAUGAGCGGGAAAACAAAGAGCCCAAGACCAUGCAGAUCUUUGGCAGUGGUCCCAAGAUGGUUGGUUUAGAGAUUGUACCGGCUGAAGACGAUGGGUUCAAUAAGAAGCAGCGUCACCUGAAGGCCCAGGCCUUCGCCAUUAAGAUGCGACCACACAAAGAAACCCUGGAGGUCAACUUUAUACCCCAGAUUGACCUGUACAUGUGCCUGAUGUGUGGGCGGGGUGACGAGGAGGACCGCCUCCUGCUGUGUGACGGCUGUGAUGACAGCUACCACACCUUCUGUCUGAUUCCGCCCCUACAGGAUGUCCCUAAGGGGGACUGGCGAUGCCCCAAAUGUGUUGCUGAGGAGUGCAGUAAGCCGCGGGAGGCGUUUGGCUUUGAGCAAGCCGUGAGGGAGUACACCCUCCAGAGCUUUGGAGAGAUGGCUGACCACUUCAAGUCAGACUACUUCAACAUGCCUGUGCACAUGGUGCCUACAGAGCUAGUGGAGAAGGAGUUCUGGCGUCUGGUGAGCUCCAUCGAGGAGGAUGUCAUUGUGGAGUACGGAGCUGACAUCAGCUCUAAGGAGGUGGGCAGCGGCUUCCCCGUUAGGGAUGGCAAGAGACGGCUUCUGAGAGACGAAGAGGAGUAUGCCAAUUCAGGCUGGAACCUGAAUAACAUGCCAGUCCUGGAGCAGUCGGUCCUUACCCACAUAAACGUGGAUAUCUCUGGCAUGAAGGUGCCCUGGCUCUAUGUGGGCAUGUGCUUCUCCUCCUUCUGCUGGCACAUCGAGGACCACUGGAGCUACUCCAUCAACUUCCUGCACUGGGGGGAGCCUAAGACUUGGUAUGGUGUCCCGGCCCACGCGGCAGAGCAGCUGGAGUCAGUGAUGAAGAAGCUGGCCCCAGAGCUGUUUGACUCUCAGCCUGACCUGUUGCACCAGCUUGUCACCAUCAUGAAUCCCAACGUCCUCAUGGAGCACGGAGUGCCCGUUUUCCGCACCAACCAGUGUGCGGGGGAGUUUGUGGUGACCUUUCCCAGAGCCUACCACAGUGGCUUCAACCAGGGAUACAAUUUUGCUGAAGCUGUCAACUUCUGUACUGCAGACUGGCUCCCGAUGGGUCGUCAGUGUGUGGCCCACUACCGGCGGCUCCACCGCUACUGUGUCUUCUCCCACGAGGAGCUGCUGUGCAAGAUGGCUGCCGACCCCGAGAGCCUGGAUGUGGAGCUGGCUGCUGCAGUCUUCAGAGAGAUGGGAGAGAUGAUGGAGGAAGAGACACGGCUCAGACAGGCCUUGCAGGAGAUGGGUGUGCUGUCCUCGGAGCAGGAGGUGUUUGAGCUGGUCCCUGAUGACGAACGGCAGUGUCAGAAGUGUAAGACCACCUGUUUCCUGUCAGCUCUGACGUGUCCCUGCAGCCCAGAGCAUCUCGUCUGUCUGCACCACGCCAAGGAGCUAUGUGACUGUCCCCUGGGAAUCAAGUGUCUACGCUACCGGUAUCAUCUGGAGGAGUUUCCCUCCAUGUUAUAUGGGGUGAAGUCCAGAGCCCAGUCCUAUGACACCUGGGCCAAGCGUGUCACUGAUGCCUUGGCUGCUGACCACAAGAACAAGAAAGACCUGAUAGAGUUGAAGGUUCUUCUGGAGGAUGCAGAGGACAGGAAGUAUCCAGAGAACAGUCUGUUCCGUCGGCUCAGAGAGAUGGUGAAGGAGGCCGAAACCUGCUCUUCCGUGGCCCAGGUACUGCUCAGCCGCAAGCAGAGACACAGUACCAGGCAGCAUCCAGAGUGCAGCAGGACUCGUAACAAGCUGACAGUGGAGGAGCUGAAAGUCUUUGUAGAGCAGCUGUUCAAACUGCCCUGUGUCAUUGGACAGGCUCGACAGGUCAAAGAGUUACUAGAGAACGUGGAGGACUUCCAUGAGAGAGCCCAGGUAGCCCUGGCUGACGAGCUGCCUGACUCCUCCAAGCUGCAGGCCCUGCUAGACCUGGGUGGAGGUCUGGAUGUGGAAUUACCUGAGCUGCCCAGGCUCAAACAGGAGCUGCAGCAGGCCCGCUGGCUGGAUGAGGUGCUUGUGACGCUGGCAGAGCCCCACCGUGUGACCCUGGAGCUGAUGAAGCGGCUGAUAGACUCUGGGGUGGGGCUGGCACCACACCAUGCUGUGGAGAAGGCCAUGGCUGAGUUGCAGGAGAUACUCACUGUGUCAGAGAGAUGGGAGGACAAGGCCUGCGCAUGCCUACAGGCCAGGCCUCGGCACAGCAUGCUAACCCUGGAGACCAUCAUGAUAGAGGCCAGGAACAUACCAGCCUACCUGCCCAACGUCCUGGCCCUCCGAGAUGCUCUGCACAAGGCCAAGGAGUGGAGUGCCAAGGUGGAUGCCAUUCAGGUAGUGUCGCGUCGCACGUGUGGCAGUAACUAUGCCUACCUGGAGCAGCUGGAGAGCCUGCUGGCGAGGGGUCGCUCCAUCCCCGUCCGGCUGGACCCCCUGCCUCAGGUCGAAUCCCAGGUGGCCUCAGCCCGCGCCUGGAGGGAGAGGACUGCACGCACCUUCCUCAAGAAGAACUCAACCUACACCCUGCUACAGGUCCUUAGUCCGCGUGUGGAUAUUGGUAUCUACGGCAACAGCAAGAGAAAACGCAGACGAGUCAAGGAGCUCCUUGAGAAGGAGAGGGGUCUGGACCUGGAGGGUCUCAGCGACCUUGACGAGAGUUAUGAAGAUGCCUGUGACCCGGCCAUCGUUGUAGCGGCAUUCAAAUCCAAGGAGCAGAAAGAAGUUGAGGCCAUCCACUCCCUCCGAGCUGCCAACCUGGCUAAGAUGGCCAUGUCUGACCGCAUCGAGGAGGUCAAGUUCUGUCUGUGUCGUAAAACUGCCAGCGGGUUUAUGUUGCAGUGUGAACUGUGCAAAGACUGGUUCCACGGAGCCUGCGUGCCAUUACCGAAAGCGGGCUCGCAGAAGAAGCUCAUGGGCUCGGCCGGGUGCCAAGGCAACAGCAAGGAGGCCAAAUUCCUGUGCCCGUUAUGCCAGCGGUCACGUCGCCCGCGUCUGGAGACCAUCCUGUCUCUCCUGGUGUCCCUCCAGAAGCUGCCGGUGCGUCUGCCUGAAGGGGAGGCCCUACAGUGCCUGACGGAGAGGGCCAUGGGCUGGCAGGACCGCGCCAGGCAGGCCCUGGCUACAAACGAGCUGUCCUCGGCCCUGGCCAAGCUGUCGGUGCUCAGUCAGAGGAUGGUAGAACAGGCUGCCCGGGAGAAGACCGAGAAGAUCAUCAACGCCGAGCUGCAGAAGGCUGCCGCAAACCCUGACCUGCAGGGUCACAUCCAGACGUUCCAGCAGGCAGGGUUCAGCAGGGCAGCGUCACCACGCCAGUCUGUCGACUACGAUGACGAGGAGACGGACUCUGACGAGGACAUCAGGGAAACAUAUGGCUACGACAUGAAGGACCCAGGUGAAGUGAAGCCGUACCUGUUUUGUGAUGAGGAGAUCCCUGUCAAGUCAGAGGAAGUAGUCAGUCACAUGUGGCCCACCACACCCUCUUUCUGCGCUGAACACGCCUACUCCUCUGCAUCCAAGUCCUGCCCUCAGAACCAGAGUACCCCCAGGAAGCAGCCCAGGAAGACGCCCCUGGUGCCUCGCUCCCUGGAGCCCCCUGUGCUGGAGCUGUCCCCCCCGGCCAAGGCCCAGUUGGAGGAGCUGAUGAUGGUGGGGGACCUGCUAGAGGUGUCCCUGGACGAGACCCAGCACAUCUGGAGGAUCCUGGAGGCCACACACCCUCCCUCUGAGGAGAGGUUCCUACAGGUCAUGGAGCAUGAGGAUUCUCAGUUUGAGAAGCCGAUGAAGAUCAAGAUGAAGGACUCUGAGAAGAAGAGGAAGAGGAAGCUGGAGAAGGCGGAGCACCAGCUUCUCAUGGCAGCUGUCUCCGGGGUCGGAGACAUGAUGCGGUCCCCCAAGUCCUCAAAGGAUCCGAAACUGAGCCUCUUAGACCCGCUGGGGAAACCCAAGAAGAAGAAGCUGAAGCUGAACCCGGAUAAGAACCGUGAACUGAAACAGCUGUCCAAGCGCCUGGCUAAAGAGGAUAAGGAGAGGAAGAGGAAGGAUAAAGCUGUGGUCAAGUCUGAGGCUGUCAGGGAGGGGCUGGAGAAGAGGAAAGAGAAGAAGAUCCUGGAUAUACCGUCGAAAUAUGACUGGUCUGGAGCUGAGGACUCCAAUGAUGAGAACGCUGUCUGUGCGUCCAAGAACUGUGCGAGACCCUGCAAGGACAAGGUGGACUGGGUUCAGUGUGACGGCGGCUGUGACGAGUGGUUCCACCAGGUGUGUGUGGGUGUGACCUGCGAGAUGGCCGAGAACGAGGACUACAUCUGCAUCGACUGCACCCGCAAGUCGUCUAUCUUGAGUCGGGGCGUAGUUGGAAGUUUGGGAAGAAGCAUGAGCAUAGGAGGAGGAGGGGUGACAGCAGUGGUGAAGUUGGAGCGUGUUUGUGAGGAGCUGGAAGCACCAGUCUACAGCGGGCUGAGCCAGAUCAUUAUGCCCCCCUCUACCUCCCUCCCCCAGCAACAGCAGCAGCCGGAUACUCGGGAGAGCAGCUAGUGCAGACCCAGGACAGAGACGCACAUGCACAGCCACGACACACAAACCCAUUCACCCGGUAAGCUCGCAUCAGACCAUUUGAGUCUGGUUCUGACUGACAUAUUUCCCUCUUGACUUAAUGGUAGAGGAGCUUCAAAUUAAGGGGUAUCCUCAAGACUAGAUGAUGAUACUCCCAUGAGAAUAAUACUACAAAGAAAUGAGACAAUCCGCUCCUUUGAGGAGGAGAGAUAUGUAUUUUCUGCAUCACAGAUAAACUCCAGAUUAACUAUUUUGCCGUUCCCCCUCUCCUCUUCUCUCUCCUCUCAUGGGAACCAAUUGUUGAUGAGGAUUUGUUUCUCUCGAAUUCAGAACUGUUAAAGAAGGCCUUAUAAUCCAGAGAACACUGUGUGCACAAAGCGGUUUUUACUGCACGACUUGGAAUGACCAUGGGCCGUUUUGUCUGAAAAUUAUUUGGUGCCAAUCUGCCUCAGUUCUACUACAGUCAGAAACUUCAGUACAGUCAUUAUGAAUCUGUGGAGGUGUAAAUAGGUGUCCCAAAUGGCACCCUAUUCUAUAUGUAGUGCACUACAUGGGAUCUGGUAAAAUGUAGUGCACUAUAAAGGGAAUAAGGUGCCAUUUGGGAUUGGGUGUUACACCACAUAUUCUUGAUAACUGUACUGAGUCGGCAGGUAGCCUAACUUUUUAAGUGUUGGGCCAGUAACCAAAAAGUCUCUGGUUCGAAACCCGCGGGCUGACUAGGUGAAAAAUGUAUCGAUAUUAAGGUACUUAACCCUAAUUGCUCCUGUAUGUCGAUCUGGACAAGAGCGUCUGAUAAAUGACAAAAAUGUAAAUGUGAAAAUUUGGGAUGCACAUUCAGUAUCCUCUCCUCUCUGCCUUUCUCCAAACAAUAAAUAACAGCUCCAUGUAGGAUUAGGAACAAUGGUUGUAUGUAGUGAUACGUAUUUAUAAUGUGUAAAUAGGUUUUAAGCAAUAAAGUGAUUGAAUGUGGCUGUUUUUGUUUUCUCACCUUUAAUAAACAAUUCCUAGUGAAAUGA